AUGGAUGAUGAAACCAACCUCUCUUCUUCGGGCGAGGUCUCUGGGACAGAGACCGUCAGCAACCAUGUCGGUCCUGGUGUGAGUAAUAAUACCCAGACUGUUAACAACCCGUUCAGCACUGGCUUGGGCAAUGCAACUCAGGUCAACAACCCGUUCGGCACUGGCAUGGGACAUGGCGCCCAGGUCAAUAACCCGUUUGGCACUGGCAUAAUCCAUGGCACGCAGAUCAGCAACCCGUUCGGAUCUGGCACGAUCAAUGGCUCGCAUGCCACCAACAACCCGUUUGGCUCUAGUAUGAGCAACGGCCCUCGGGCUGCCAACAACCCCUUUCGUUCUGGAGUGGGCCAUGCCCCCCAGACUACCAACCCUUUCCGCUCUGGCUGGGUAACCCCUCCCAGACCAACAACCCUUUCGGCUCUGGCGUGGGUACAGUCCCCCAGACAAUCAACAACCCGUUCCGGUCUGACCAGCAAUCCUUUUUCUUCUGGAGUGGGCAGUGUCCCCCAGACCAUCAACAACCCUUUCCGUCGCACCGCCAUCGAGGACGGCCUCUUGACUCCCAAUGGGGGACUGACCAACGGUCACUCCCACGGGAACGAAUCGCGCGCCCCCCCACCCCACGGACUUCAACCCUCUCUACCGCGCACCGGGCGAGGCCCUCGAGACCAGCCUCGACGCCAUCUUGGCGGGGGGCAACGAGGACGCUGA